UUAUUGAUGAUACUUAGUGUAGCCUGUACCAUCGGAGACAAAUGCAUUGUGUGUUCGACACACUGGGCCAAUAAAGAUGAUUCAGAUUCUGAUUAAUCGAUCAGAAUAAAAAGGUACCGAAAGAGCACCAGGGACACGUUUUAAACGCUGUCAAAUAUUGAAGCAAAAAUGGCGUAAUGUGUUGAUUCAACUACGGUGGUAGUUUCUAAUUGUGUGUUUAUUUAAUUCGUCUUAAAAAUAUGUAAGAAAGGCAAAUAUAAAAUCGUGCUCAGCUCACGCCCCCAGUGACCGAGCUUGUUUGACACGACAGGAGAUGCACGCGCGCUGCCGGCGAGCGUGCGUGGACUGUGGCGAUGCGCGUUCAGGGUGCAGUGAGACGAAGAGAAAGGAGGAGAAACACGUUUGGAUACGGAACGCGCACAUGGGAGCAUUGGAUGAAUAGCUUUUAGUCGUCGCCGAAAUGGCCAAAAACACAUCAUUAUAUUUUCGCAUUGUCGAGGGCAGGAACCUCCCAGCCAAAGAUGUGUCUGGAACCAGUGAUCCAUACUGCAUAGUAAAAGUUGACAAUGAAGUUGUAGCCAGGGGGCUGCCAUUUUGCCUUUGACUGUCACUUGCUGUUGACUGAAAAUGACCUCACAGUUAGUCAGAGCUCAGGACUGCUACAGUGUGGAAGAACCUCAAUCCUUUCUGGGGUGAAGAGUACACACUGCACCUCCCAAUGGGUUUCCAUUCACUCUCCUUUCAUGUCAUGGAUGAGGAUACGAUUGGCCAUGAUGAUGUUAUUGGAAAGAUUUCGCUGACUAAAGAAGCCAUUGGAUCUCAAACUAAAGUGCUAGACAGUUGGAUGAACCUGACCCGGGUUGAUCCCAAUGAAGAAGUCCAAGGAGAGAUCCACCUGACUCUUCAACUGCUGAAACACACAGAAAAGAUUGUCCUGCGAUGUGAUGUGAUCGAAGCAAGAGACCUGGCCCCAAGAGACAUCUCUGGAACCUCAGAUCCAUUUGCAAGAGUUAUUUACAACAGCCACAGUGCAGAGACCUCGAUUAUCAAGAAGACCCGUUUCCCUCAUUGGGGAGAAACCCUGGAGCUGGACUUGGAUCCACAGGAACUCAGCGAGGAAGGAACUGUCAUUGUGGAGGUUUGGGACUGGGACAUGGUGGGCAAAAACGACUUUCUGGGAAAGGUGGAAAUCCCUUCUGCUUGUUUGCACCAAAAGACGCUAUUGGAGAGCUGGUUUCGUUUGCUACCGUUGGGGAACAAUGAGGUGGAUGCAGGAGGCAAGUUGGGAGCAUUGCGUCUGAAAGUGCGCUUGGUCGAGGAUCAGAUUUUGCCGUCUUUGUACUAUCAGCCGCUCAUUGACCUUUUGGUUGAGUCAGUCAUCUCCCCUGCUGAGGUUGAGGACAGCAGUGCAUUGACCAUGCUGGAAGAGGUCACCACCGUUGAGAGCCGACAAGAUGUGGCCAUGACCUUGGUGAAGAUCUACCUGGGUCAGGGCCUCGUGGUUCCCUUUUUAGAUUAUCUGAACACCCACGAGGUCAACCAGACCACUGAUCCAAAUACUUUAUUUCGUUCCAACUCUCUUGCGUCCAAAGCCAUGGAGCAGUUUAUGAAGGCUGUUGGCAUGUUGUAUUUACAUGAAGUGUUGAAGCCCAUCAUCAGCCGCAUCUUUGAUGAGAAGAAGUACAUUGAACUGGACCCAUGUAAGAUUGACUUGAAUCACACAAGGCGAAUUUCGUUCAAAGGUGUAGUGUCGGAGGCAGAGGUGCGGGACAGCAGUGUGGUGAUGCUGCAAAGCUACUUAACCAGGAUCAUUGAAUCAAUCGUUGGCUCGGUUGAGCAAUGUCCUCCUGUCAUGAGAGUGGCCUUCAAACAGCUGCACAAGCGGGUGGAAGAGCAAUUUGCCGAACCCGAGAACGAGGAUGUGAAAUAUCUCGCCAUCAGUGGAUUCUUUUUCUUGCGUUUUUUUGCUCCUGCCAUCCUCACACCUAAACUGUUCCAGCUGAGAGACCAGCAUGCUGAUACACGUACAAGCAGGACACUGUUACUGCUGGCCAAGGCAUUACAAAGUGUGGGGAACCUGGGCCUUCAACUGGGUCAUGGAAAGGAACAGUGGAUGGCACCUCUUCAUCCCAUCAUCCUUCGCAGUGUGGCCUCUGUCAAGGACUUCUUGGACAAAUUGAUUGACGUUGAUCAUGAGAUGGUAUCUGAGAUGCCUCAGCGAGCGGUGUUCCUCCCCACGGUCAUCGUGAAAGAAGGAUACCUCCAAAAACACAAAGCCGAAGGAGCCCAGCUGCUGUCUCGCUUCGCCUCCAAGAAGCGCUACUUCUGGUUGACCAGCGAGACGCUCUCUCACGCCAAGACCCCUGAUUGGCAGGUGCGCUCCUCAAUACCCAUCCAUUGUGUGCGCGCGGUGGAGAGGGUGGACGAAAAUGCCUUCCAGCAGCAGAAUGUAAUGCAGGUCAUUACCCAGGACAAUGACGGCCAACUACAAACCAUGUACAUCCAGUGCAAGAACGUGAAUGAGCUGAACCAGUGGCUGUCAGCUAUCAGGAAAGUCAGCAUCUACAAUGAGCGCAUGCUUCCUUCCUUCCACCCGGGGACACAUCGUGGGGGCAAGUGGACGUGUUGCCUGCAGACGGAGCGCAAAGUUCCAGGCUGCAGUCGAACCCACUCCGCUGUGACUCUGGGGGACUGGAGUGACCCUCUUGAUCCCGAUGUGGAGACUCAGACGAUUUACAAGCAGUUUCUUCAGGGAAGAGACAAACUCAGGAAAAAAUACCUUCCAGAGGCAGAUGCAGAUCAGAUGACCAGCAAUAAAGAAGAGAUCAACUCUGACAUUCACCCAGAUGGCGCCGAAUGUAAAGUGGACCACGUAAAGGCGCGUCAGAGCCUCGCCAUUCGGCUCUUUACAGCGAUUGAGGAUCUAGAACAGGCUCACGCAGCCUUCCAGGGCAGAGGCGAAGAGGACGCCGCCAAUGUAAUUUUGAAUCAGUAGACCAGACUACGAGUUGGUCCCAAUAAAUCCUUCUCAAAUACAAGUGAGACUGAAUUCCACCCUUGAGAUCGUGAUGGAGGAAACGUGGCUGAAUGGGCGCAUCCUUUCGAGAGCAUUUCCAAUAUGUAGGCCAUGCUUUGUAUUCUGUGAGUGCCACCGACUUCAGCAAUGCCGCAGAGAAUUUAUGACACUUGAAGAUAAAGGGAGCAUGAUCGCUAGAUAUUUUUUUUUUGUCGCAUGUCCUGUGUCCUCAUAGUUGUAUGUGGG